GCGGGGCGUUGCCACGGCAGCGGGUGAGUGACGGGUGGCGGAAGCGGCGCCAUGGGCGGCUCGGCCAGUCUGCUGCCGCGGGACGCGCUGGGCGAGUACCAGGAGCUGACAUUCCUGAGCAAGCAGGAGAUCCUGCUUGCCUACAAGAGGUUCAGUGAACUGCUGCCAAAGCAGGAGCGGGAGAACGCCUGCUCCGCGCGGGUUCCCAAGAGCCACAUCCUGACGCUGCCUGAGCUGCGGGCAAACCCCUUCCAGCACCGGAUCUGCCAUGUGUUCUCCACCUCGGAGGCCGGGGACAACAGCAUGUCCUUUGAAGACUUCCUUGACAUGUUGAGCGUCUUCAGUGACUCUGCCACCUUCGACAUCAAAUCCCACUAUGCCUUCCGCAUCUUUGACUUUGACGACGAUGGGACUCUGGACAGGAAGGACCUGGAGCAACUGGUGAACUGCCUGACGGGGCAGGGCGAGGAGUCCCGGCUGAGCAGGGCGGAGAUGGAGCAGCUCAUCCAAAACAUCCUGGAGGAGUCUGACAUCGACAAGGACGGCACCAUCAACCUCUCCGAGUUCCAGCAUGUCGUCUCCCGCUCCCCAGACUUUGCCAGCUCCUUCAAGAUCGUCCUGUGAGCCCUGUGGCUCACCAGCACCACUCCUCCAGUUCCUCCAGCACCACUUGUCCAGUUCCUCCAGCAUCAUUCCUCCAGUUUCUCCACCACUCCUGCAGUUCCUCCAGCACUCCUCUGGCUCCUGCAGCUCCUUGUGGGCUCAGCCAUUUCUUCUUUCAGAGAGCACAGGCCCGGCCCCUCACUGGCCCAGCAAUGCCACAGUGCCUUGGGCAGGAGCCUUCCUGCUUUCCUCUCAGGUGCCUGGCAGUGGGGGGCCCUAGGAAUCUGCCUCUCCUGCAGCCCCUCUGCUCUCCCAGCAUCAGUUGGACUCCGUAUGCAGUCUAAGGGCAGCUCUGCAGGUGGGGGAGGCUGAGCUGCUCCUGCCUGGG